AUGUUUUCUAACAGCCUCUCUUUCCUCGCCAUCAUUGCAUUGGCCUCCCAGGUCAAUGCAGCCCCGACACUUGAGAAGCGAGCUACAUCCGAUCCAUCCGCUUUCACUUCGCUUCAGCGAGCUGCCAAGCUGUCAUCUGCCGCAUACACCGGCUGUCUGGGAACUGCCUUCGAUGUGACCAUCACCAAGCAGAUCUACAACGCUCUUACCGAUACUCAGGGCUACAUUGGAUACUCUUCGACGCAAAAGAAGAUUUCUGUCGUUAUGAGAGGCUCAACUACUGUCACCGAUAUCCUCAACGAUGUUGAUACUACCUUGGUCACUCCCUCUCUGUCGGGAGUGACAUUUCCUUCUGGAGUUCAGAUCAUGAAUGGUGUCUAUAGCCCAUGGGCUUCUGUACACGAUGACGUGAUUACUGAAGUGAAAUCUCUCGUGGCGAAGUAUCCGGACUAUACACUGGAAUCGACUGGCCAUUCACUUGGUGGUGCACUUACCUACGUCUCCUAUGUGGCUCUCGCUCAGAACUUCCCUGGAAUCUCAAUCACCAGCAAUGCAUUGGCUGCAUUCCCAAUCGGAAACGCUGCUUGGGCAAGCUUUGGUAGUGCUCAGAACGGUACCUUGAACCGAGGCAACAACAUUGCCGAUGGAGUUCCGAACAUGUAUAUCCAGUCGCCAUAUAAAUUCCAGCACUAUGGAGUUGAGUACUACAGUUCGGGUACUUCCGCGACGUGUGUACAGUGUUCCGGUGAGCGCGAUACUUCAUGCUCUGCUGGAAAUGGUCAGUACGGUGUCACUAUUGGGCACUUCCAAAGCUUUGGAAUCACCCUGGGCUCAGCUGGAUGUUGA